AUGGUCACCCCUGAAUAUAUUGCUUUCUAUGUCUGUGCAAUACUUGUUGUGAUAAUAACUGUGUUUGGCAACCUGCUUAUCAUCAUAUCUGUGUGUCACUUCAGGCAACUGCACUCACCGACUAAUGUCCUUAUCCUCUCCUUGGCUGUGGCUGACUUUAUGGUGGGACUGUUUGUCAUGCCUUUUGGGUUUAUUUGGAUGACAGAGGGAUGUUGGUUCUUUGGCGUUUCAAUGUGUGCAUUUCUGAACUUUUUCGCAUUCCAGCUGACAACGUGUUCCGUGCAUAACGUUGCUCUGAUUGCCGUGGACAGAUACCUGGCUCUCAGCAAUCCCUUUAUGUACACCAAACAGAUAACCGUCAGAAUCGCCGUCAUUGUUGCCUUAAUCACCUGGUUGGUGUCUGUAGGCUAUAACUCCUCUCUGUUGUACUACAAUGGGUUUUUCACCACCUCGCUCGCACUGUGCCCUAGCGAGUGCCCUGUGUUAGUGAGCGAGGCAUGGUCUUGGGUCGAUUUUGCCGUCGUGUUUGCCAUACCGUGCUCCAUCAUGUUUGUGUUGUACCUGAAAAUCUUUGCCAUUGCUAGAAAACAUGCCAUGGCCAUCAGGGCAGCUAACAGUCAGGGUAAACCGUCAAACGCCAAGCAGGACAAUAUCCCCAAAAAGUCUGAGAGGAAAGCUGCCAUGGUGCUGGGGAUACUGGUGUUUGUCUUCCUGUUGUGUGUGUUGCCGUACUACAUUGCCAGUGUCAUGGCCGAGUUUAUCUACAGUGAUAUCUUUGAAGACAUUUUAAAUUACACGUCUCUUAUACUGUACCUCAACUCGUUAUGUAAUCCAAUUAUUUAUGCUCUGUUCUAUCCAUGGUUUCAGAAAAGCACAAAGCUGAUUUUAACAUGUCGUAUAUGUACCACAGACUCUUCCCUGAUGCAAGUGAAAUAA